AUGGAAAAAACAAGUGAAGAAGUUUUGAAUAAAAUUUUAGAAGGUUCACCAUCAGGUAAUAUAUACAACAAAUUAAACAAAAAUAUCAAUGGAACACAAUAUGACACACGCUGCAAUGAAUUGAUUGGUGAGGAAAAGGAUUCCCUGACUGGAAUUUAUGACCUAUGUAAAAAAAUUUCAAGAAAUGCAGAGGAUUUAUCAAAGAUAAGAAAUAAUGGAAGAUAUAAUUAUCAUUGUUUACAUUUUACAUAUUGGGUAUAUUAUGAAGUAAAAAAAAUUUUAAAAAAGUGCUCGGAAAGCGACAAAUUGAAAAAUCUUAUUAAACUUUCGGAAGUGAAAAAAAGUAUUUAUAAGGAUUAUCAUUUAUAUAAUUGCCUACCUGACUUUGAAAAUAACCACGUAAAGGAAUUAAAUGAAAAAGUAGAUGAAAAAUAUUUGUUUGAUUAUUUUGAAAAUUAUGAUUAUAUUAAAACGUUUAAUACUUGUAAUACGGUAAAAUUCAGUGAAUAUAAAAAAUACCUUAAUCAGAUAAGUGAACUAUACAUAAAUCAUAAAAAAGAUAAAGAAUGUUGUAAUAAUUCAUUUUGGGAUAAUUGUGAAGAGUAUUUUAAAUGUGAAAAGGAAUUUGAUCCUAGCGAAUUCAUAUCUUUAUUACAGACUAAAAAAAAUAAUAAUUGUAAUAUCUUAAAAGAAAUAGAGAAAACUCGGGGCUCCAAAAGUGAUUUUAUGGAUUCUAUUUAUUUUAUUGGGUGUAGAGAUAUUAUAAAUGAUAGAACUACAGAAAAUAGUCUUAAAAGUGGAACACAGCAAUGCAAUGUGUUUCCAGCAUCUCCUAGUUCUCUGAAUAAUCCAUUAUCACCAUUUGUUCAACCUCCUCCUGCUCAUGCUACUUUUACAAUCGUCAGACAAACAGGAACACUGGAAUCCACUAGAUUACAACUAAAGAAUCAAGCAUCAAGCGAAAGUUCAGAACAACAAAGUCCAUCAUCCAAUUUACAGUCAUUAGAUAAAAAACAGGCUAAAAGUAGUAGUAAAGCGCAAGCCGUUUGUGAAAAACCUGGAUUUCUAAGAGAUUCAUCAGGAAAUUGCAGGGAACCAAGGGUACGUGAAACAGGAACUAUUGGAUUAAAGCUGAAUGAAUAUCACCCCGAUAAAAGAAAAGUUAUUAUUUCAUUCAACAAUAGUAGUUUUUCUUCUAGUACGUUAAAUAACAAUAUAUUCCGAAUUGGUAUUGCAUUUACUUUGAUAGUGGGAAUAAUUUCCACUAUUUUCAUUUAUUAUAAAUUUACUCCCUUCAGAAAAUAUUUUCAUAAAAAGAUAUCAAGGAGAAAAAGAAUUGACGAAUAUUAUGAUAAUCCUUAUAUGCGCCAUUUUAUAAUCCAUGCUCCAAAAUCUGUUAAAAGGAAAGUUGGAACUAGAGGAUUACGUUUUUCUUAUUAUUCUUCGUGA